AUGCGCCAAACCCUCCGUCGGUCGUGUGCCGCCUGUGCAAAGUCCAAACACAGCUGCGACCUCCGCACGCCGCGCUGCUCCCGCUGCGUCAAGCGGAGAGUCCUGUGCGUCUAUGCCAACGAACCCCUGACGGCCGGGCCGGCGGCUGCUGCUGCUGCUUCCGGGCCCUCGACGGCGCUGGGGGCCGGCACGUCCACGUCCACGUCCAAGUCCGAGUCCGCGUCCGAGUCCGCGUCCCCGUCGCCACCGUCUCCGUCUCCGUCAUCCCGACGGUCGUCCGGGCCGCCCCUGGACGGAUCCGGCGCCCUGACCAACUACCGCUUCGCCUCUCUCGAUCCCUUUGACUCUUACCCGCAGACCAGACUCCCCCGGGAACAGGUCCAGCGUCUGAUCCAUAGUUUUCUCCACAAGAUCGCCUUCGAGUACUACCCUCUGGACCUCAGCGCAACGUCGAACCCCUUCCUCGUCUCCUGGUGGCCGCUGGCCCUUGGCGACCCGGCCCUGUUCCACGUCUCCCUGCAGACGGCGUGCCUCGACGAGGAGCUGCUGGCCCAGAAGGGCUUCCAGUCCUCCGAGAUCCUCAUGGCCGACUCGGUGGCCUUGCUCAGGCGGAAAGUCCAAGACACGUCGCUCGCCAUACAGGACGGGACCAUGAACUCCGUCAUCACGUUAGCAGCGAUCGAGUUCGGCAAGGGAAACACUGCCGUCAGCGACAUGCACGUCGACGGCGUCAAGAAGCUGGUCGACAUGAGAGGCGGCAUCAACGCGGUGAGGCAGACCAGCCCGCUGACUGCGAGGAUGGUGAGCUGGGUGUCGAUGAUCGUCACGGGCCGGCCUCAGUUCGACACGCAAGACGACACCGGCAUCGGCGACGGCGUGCCCCCUCCGCCCGAGUGGCAGUCCGACCCGGCCGCUUCGCGUGAGGAGCUGACCGGGUUGGACAACCUCGAGACCGACUACGAAGUGAGAAACGUCCUGUCGCGUCUGCGCAGCAUCUCGCGGCGGGCGAACCGGGGAGUGCCCCUGGCGCCGACUCGGCUCCACGACCUGGCCUGUUUCGUCAUCCAUCGACUGCUGCUGUCCACCCCGGAAGAGAAAGAUUCUCCCGCCUGCCCACCGGGCCCGGAGUGCCUGCGAUACGCCAUCAUACUCUACAUGUUCCUCAUCCAGGGGCCGACGUACUACUCGCACGCCGUCAUCUUCAACACGAUCCUCGGGCGGUUCGUGGCCGACUUUGAGCGGCUCGCGUCGACGCCGCACGUGUACGACGAUCUGGGCGUCUGGCUCCUGACCAUAGGCAUGGCGGCGGCGAACGGCACGGGGCACUAUGAAUGGCUCACGGGGGUCGCCAGAGACGUUGCCGUCGCCAAGCAGUUGACGUGUUGGGGCGACGCCCUCGGCCAUGCCCGGGGCUUCCUCUGGCUGGAGACGCACCACGGCGACAGCGUCUUCCGGCCUCACUGGGACGCCCUCUUGGGCGUCUCGGUACAGCCGCGCUUCGGAUAUCCUCUGUUACCUGUGGCGUAG